AGGUGGAUCACCUGGCGCGCUACAUCCUUGACCUGACCAUCACCGCUGUUGCCAUGGUUCCCGUCCUGCCCUCCCUCAAGGCCGCAAGUGCUCUCUAUCUGGCCAG